GGUCCGGGCCCGAGGCGGUGAGGGCGGCGACGCGGCCCGCCUGCGAGCUCGGCCAGCAGAGGUCCGGGUGCCGCAUCCACGCCGGGCUCUGCGUGUGCGGCAUCGGCUGUCGUAGCGAGUACCAGUACGCGGACAAGGAGGAGUGCACGAGUGCCAUCAGAGGACGGCGCAACCAGUGCGGGGAGUCACCCUGUCAACACGGCGGGGCGUGCAGUCAGACGACCAUGGACCCUGGAUACAAGUGCCGGUGUGAGGGGACGGGAUUCUACGGCCCUCGCUGCCAGUAUCAGUGUCCGAGUCCGGGAACGGAGGGUGUUGGGAAUCGGGCCAUCCAACUGGCGUGCAUCCUGAUCUGAGGUGAUGAUCCCUUCAAGAAGCGGGUCUCUCCAGGAUAUCUGCACAACGAAGGCAGCCUUCUGCAGGGCUGCUUAUGCAGAACCCGGUGACGCCAAAGGGCGAAUAAAGCAAUCAAAUAAAUGCCAAAUGAUGAAA